AACCUCAAGCUCGAGCUUCAAGCGCACACACUCAGACUGCCAACAUCUUCGCAACCCACGUCGGUACUUGAGGACUAGCCAGCAUCUUCGACUGUUUUAACUCUACACUGCAAAUCUCACCACGACGAGGUUCUGCGGAGGCUCAAACGCGUCCAAAGCUCAUUGCUUUGUCCGCUCGCUUCUUAUGUGAAGGACAUCACGUCCUGUAGCCUCGUAGAAAAUCACCUACAUGAGCGAUCCAAAUCCUUUCGAAAACAUGUCUGAUGCACAACUGAAGACCGCCAUGACCCAACUCUCGUCUGCCGCAGCCCGGCCAAACGCCCACCCAGCGUAUUUCAAUAACAUUAGACAGUGGUCGACAUCUGUCACGCCUCCACCAAUGAAUGGACGCACAAAUCCCCGACGAACGCGCCCACCUAGAGGAAGCUCCCUAGCCCCCACGCCCCAACCUCAAGCCAGUACCUCUACUUAUGUACAACCGAUCAUUGCUCCUGCUGCACCUCAGACCCCUGUACGACCUCCUGUAGCUCCACCGCCCCUACCACAAUAUGGCCCGCCUGCUCAAACUCCUCUUCCGACCCAACCUCAGGCUAUGUAUUCUACAUACGCAUCUCGUCUGCGUACAGGGACUACUCUCUUGAUGCAACCUAUCUUCAAUGCACCUUCAACUGCUGCCGUGACUACGCGGUCAUCUCGUCGUGGAGGAGUUGUGAAUUACGUGGAUCCUGGCUCUGGAGACGAGUUCCCUGAUGCUGGUGCUAUUGAGUCGGAUGAUUCAGAUUUCGUAGCAAGUGGUGGGACUAGGACAGCUCUGCGCACAGCUAGGUUGUCGAGUCGUGCACCUAUUGGUGCUGGUGUAUUCCGAGCAGGGAGCUCAACCCCUACGAUUCAAGUACACGCUCAGCCAAAACCCGAAAGCCCAAGGAAGGAUGAACUGGAUAAGAGUUACCUGGGGCAAAUCCCCCCGGCGCAUUUUAUCACUGCAAAACCUAUGGCACCAACUCGACACGACUAUUUCCCACAAGAUGCUAUGGAGAACCAAGCUCGUAAACCUUCCUCCCUUGUCCCUAUACGUGUUGAGUUCGAGACAGACACACAUCGAAUACGCGACUGCUUCGUUUGGAAUCUGCAUGAAGGUCUCAUCCGCCCUGAAACCUUUGCCCGAGCAUUCUGCAUGGACCUCGACCUACCGUUAAACCCCUGGGCGGACACAAUAGCGAAUCAAAUCCGUGCCCAACUAGAGGACCAUGAAGGUGUUGCAAGCGUGGAUCUAGGCGCAGAUUACUACUUGAUGAUGGAUAAUCAAGAGGGGCAAGGCGUAGAGGAGGUACCAGAGUGUCGUGUCGUACUCAGUAUCGACGUGCAAAUCGGCACAUAUCAUCUAGUGGACCACAUCGAAUGGGACCUACUUUCACCCCUUACACCUGAAGGCUUCGCAAUGACCCUCUGCUCAGAUCUCGGCCUUGCCGGUGAAGCCAUUCCACUCAUCGCCCACGCCAUCCACGAAGAACUCAUCAAGCAUAAACGCGAUGCUAUCGAAUGGGGUGUCAUCGGUGCCGAGACUGCUGAAGAGCCAACAGACAAACCUCGUGAUAAGAGCGGUUUGAGCUUGUUGAAGGAUAAGACUGGGUUGGGUCUUGGAUGGGGUAGGACACCGAAGGAAGGUCGGGGUCCGAAAGCGUUGAGGAGUGUGUGGAAGGAUUGGCCAGAGGCAGAGGAGUUCAGGACGAGGUUUGAAGUCUUGUCUGCAGAGGAGGUGGAGAGGAGGGAGGUUGAGAGAGAACGUGCGAGUCGGUACGUGAUUCAUCUUGGUUUAGCAUAUUGGACCCUACUUAUGCACUUUGUCACAGUCGUCUCCGGAGAGAGACUUCAAAAUUCCAGUCCCAAGCGACUGCCAGGCGAAGGAGAUAGUUUCACUGUGUCAUUUUCCUUCAGAUUUACCUUGCUAGUUCGUUCGUGACGCAUAUAUGUAUGUACUCGGUAUCCUACUCGAUUCUGGCCACGGAUUACCAGUGUAAUCGUCUACGGUAUAGAUUAAUCACUCUAUUCUAGAUUUUCGGCUGCGAACCGAUCUGUUCACCAUCUUCAGUGAAACUUUGGAUUUGGCUUGUCAUUGGUACCUAUAGAAAGGUACGUUCAAAUGAAUCAAUAGGCGGCUCGAGAAGAACGGUCAUUGACCGUGUGCCCUUCACCAUGGCGAACAUGGAAAGAUCACCUGGGCGGAUUAGACCGCCAGAUGUUCUGUCGACUUGCGCGAUUUCCGGUCAAGGGACAGUGCCCAGCAUUCAUGUCCAACCUUCACUGGACUCUUGGCCAAAUACUAUGAUCUCGCUCGUCUGACUUUGCUAUCUCUCGGAUUGUCCUUGUUCAUCCCAAGUCUUUUGGAUUACUGGACUCCUGACCUCUGUCAGAACUCUGCGUCACUGUCGGUCGGAUGUCACUCAGAUAAUCGGGCUUAUGCAGGACUCUGACAGGCUGAUUUACAAGUCAUCGCCUGCCAGCCAUCUUUUAACCAACUCCAGCGAUGCUUCUGGCUUAUCGUAGGGCACCUGUGGAAUACAAUGCUUAGCCAC